GAGCAGACUGCAGGACAAUCUGAGAAAGACCUUUUACCCAAAGACUUCACCUGACUGUCACUUCUGAAGCAACACACAAGGAUUAUAAAAGAUAGCUUACUUCAAUUCAAGCUCACCAUGAACACCAUCCUGUUGACUGUGGCUGCGCUGCUGUUAGUGACUGGAGAGGGUACUGCAGAUAGGAUUUUGUCGAGAAGGACCAAGAGGGAACUGGCGAGCCCACUGCAUUUGAGAGGCAUCAGGGACCCGUAUGGCUCGUACUGCCAGAGGAGAGGAGGAUGCUGUCCAGGCAGAGAUGACAUGUGUACUGUACCAUAUCUGGACACCAUCUGCUACUGUGACCUCUUCUGUAACCGCACCGUGUCCGACUGCUGUCCCGACUUCUGGGGGCAUUGUCUGGGGGUGCAACCUCCUUUUAUUGGCACCUGCGAACGAAAUGGAAACAAGUUCUUAACAGGGCAAACAUACAAAGAGAACUGCAAUUUAUGUACAUGCGGUUCUACUGGGCGCUGGGAGUGUGAGCAGCACUCCUGUUUGAUGGAGGCAGACAUGAUCCAAGCAGUAAACAGAGGAAACUAUGGGUGGAGGGCUGCUAAUUACAGUCAGUUUUAUGGCAUGACACUGGAUGAGGGCAUCCGCUACAGACUGGGCACACAAAGACCCUCCAGGACUAUCCUGAACAUGAAUGAGAUACAGAUGAACAUGGAUCCCCAGAGCGAGCAACUUCCACUUUAUUUCAACUCAGUUGAGAAGUGGCCCGGGAAGAUUCAUGAGCCACUGGACCAAGGCAACUGUGCAGCAUCCUGGGCGUUCUCCACAGCAGCUGUGGCUUCAGACCGAAUCUCCAUCCAGUCCAUGGGUCACAUGACACCACAGCUGUCUCCACAGAACCUGAUUUCCUGUGACACUCGUAACCAGGGGGGCUGUGCAGGAGGACGCAUCGAUGGGGCCUGGUGGUACCUCCGUCGCAGAGGAGUGGUCACUGAAGACUGCUACCCCUACAGACCCCCUCAGCAGACCCCGGCUGAGGUGGCCCGCUGCAUGAUGCAGAGCCGAUCUGUCGGCCGGGGGAAGAGACAGGCCACACAGCGCUGUCCCAACACACACAACUACCACAAUGAUAUCUACCAGUCCACUCCUCCAUACAGGCUUUCCUCCAAUGAGAAGGAGAUUAUGAAGGAGAUUAUGGAUAAUGGCCCCGUGCAAGCUAUUAUGGAGGUGCAUGAAGACUUCUUUGUUUACAAGAGUGGCAUCUACAAGCACACAGACGUCAGCUUCACAAAACCUCCUCACUAUCGCAAACAUGGGACACACUCAGUCAGGAUCAUUGGUUGGGGAGAGGAGAGAAGAGUUGAUGGAACAAUACAAAAGUAUUGGAUUGCCGCCAACUCUUGGGGAAAGAACUGGGGUGAAAACGGCUACUUCCGAAUUGCCCGAGGUGAAAAUGAGUGUGAAAUCGAGGCUUUUGUGAUCGGCGUUUGGGGCAGAAUUACCAUGGAGGACAUGCACAACCACCAUCAUCACCAUCGCAAGCGCAAAUAAAGACAUUUUAAAUCCCCAUGAGACAUUUACCUUACGCCACAUUGACUGAGGCGAACUUUACCAGAACAGUGGAUCGACCAUGUUGCCUAGGAUACAACAUCAACCCUCUUCAGACCCUAUUACACUCUGGGGUCGCUAAAAACCUCCUUCUUCUCCCUUUAACAUGUCAACCUUCACUGCUUCCUCUGUAACUCAGUUUUUAUUGCUUCACAAACAACGCAGACAUCUCCAAAGACCCGAGUUUUAAAAGGUAAAAAAAACCCUUACCUGACAGAAAAAUUUCAAAAGGUCCAUUAUGGGCCACAGUGCUUUCGGGCUAAAUCUAUAAACCAGACAGAGGUGAGACCUGAGGGGACGGCUCAGAAAGGAGGAAAUUUGAGAGGCAGAUUGUUAGACGUGAGACAUAAAGCUAUUAGGGACACCCAGGUCUAGUGAGUAAUGUGAUAUAAUGUCAGAUAUGACCUUUGUGGCAUGGGGCUGUCAUUCAAACACAAGCACAGUUGCCUCUUUCGCUCAAUUUAACACUCACCAUUGAGUUAACUGUAACUCCAGGCAGCACUCUCUCACACUCGGCCUUUGAGAGCAGGAUUUUCACUUUGACCAAUAAUCAAACAAGAAGUCUUAAAUAUUUUUUACUCAAAUCAGUUGAAUUUAUAAUAUAUGGCACUGUUUUAACUAUUUGACUGAUCAUAGAGGCAGUUAUUUUCAAAAGGUUUUAUUAUUUAAAAAAAAUGUUGAGAAAACAUCAGUUUGGUCCAGUCUGGUCUAAUUCCAAUUUAAACUUUCCACUAUAUUUAAGACCAAUGUAAAGGUACAUUAUGUAACUUUUCUGGUUGAGGGUCUGCCCCCUGCUUCUCACCAUGGAUUUGUUAUUGCUUUACCUGGAAUUUUCCACAGUAUGGCAUUAAACUUAAACAGUAUCCAUGGAGAAAAGUAGGUUACUCCAGACAGCCAAGUAUACAGACCAGAUCUGUGAAGAUGCAAACCAGCUCGCAGUCAGAAUGCAAGGUGCAAGACACAUAUAUUUAAUGCCAUACUGUUGAACAUUACAGACAAAGUGAAAUCUUCAUGGAAACAAGCAGGUCGCAGAUCCUCUACCUAAAAAGUUACAUAGUGUGCCUUUAAAAUAUCAUUACAAUUGUUACUGUUUGCUUGUUUGAAAAGUUGUAUUUUAAUUUUUAUGUUUGUAUAUACUGUUGUAGCUAUAACAGCGCUUUCUACGUUAUUUGACCAGUGCUGCUAAAGUCUUUCUUUACUUAUCACAAUAUUUCAAACCAGCAUUUGCCAGGUCAAGAUAAAGCAUACAGAUGCUCUAUAUUUUGUUUACAAGCACCCACAUCCACAUAAUGCUUAUUGCUGGAAACAUUUUCUUCCUUAUCACAGCGUCUAUAAAGUUUUUAUUGGAGGCUAAUUGAAGUCUCAACUGGUAUAUUAUUACCCCUCACUGUAAAUUACAUAUUCGCUGUAACUUCAAAACACCUUCUCAUUUCUGUAAAAUUCUGGCUCAGAUCAGUUGAAAUUUGAGACGAUGUGCACAUUCAUUCAAAUUUUGUGUGUAAAAUAUUGUGUGUGAUCAUUUUUGAAUGUUUUAGCUUUAGCUGUCACGCAUUUCAAAACUGUUUUAUGUCGAUGCUGAUUAAAAAUACAGCUCUGUGGUGCUUCUUUAUAUUUACAUAUAACUGUAUGGUCUGACCUGAUACAGACGUCAUCACAAACUCAAACCAAAGGUGCAUCCUCCAUCUUUUCAUCCUCUGUUUUUUGGACCAAACUUAAUGUAACGCAGUGACGUUUUCAUUAUAUGGUGUUAUAUAGUGACAGAAACAGGAUCAGUAGCACUGUUCACCCACUGCAAAGCUCUCUCACUCCAGCUGUGUUUUUCCACAAAGCAUAAUGUGAAACGACUGCUUCAUAGCCACUGACUUAUUUAUAAAACAUGUAAAUUAUCUGCUUUUGUCCUAUUUCUGUUGUGCAUAUUUGUCAGUGAUUGAGAUACACAUGGAAUAAACUGUCUCAAAAAAUUGAAUAAACUGUCUCAAAAACAAAUUGAA